AAAUACAAAAAAUAAAGUGUUUAAGGAAAUAACAUUCACUAUCCUGCGUUUUGUCGGAAGUUGUUUUGUUUUACCAGCGUCUAACAACGGAUAGCAGUUAAAGCUAGAAACAAGACUUAGCCAACCGUGAAAACGAUAGUAAUGCGCCUGUCUUAAAUGUUAGCUAUUUACUAAGACAUUUAUAACUGGUCUCGGACUGACAGCAUAAAACAAGGGUUAGGAUGGCUCAGUGGGAUAAACUGACAGAGCUGUCUGAUGCGUACACACAGCAGUUACAUGAGCUCUAUGACAGGGAUGAUUUUCCUAUGGAUGUGCGGCACUACCUCUCUAUCUGGAUAGAGAAGCAGGAUUGGCAAAGAGCAGCCCGAGAACAUGACUGUGCUAUGGUGCUGUUCCAGGUCCUGCUGGAGAAUUUGGAUAACCAACACAGCCGCUUUGUCCAGGAGGAGUCAUUCCUACUGCAGCACAACAUUCGUCGCUAUAAACAGGGCUUUCAGAGGUACCUGGAGGACCCCUGUGCCUUGGCUAACACAAUCCUGUGGUUUUUGAGCAAAGAGAAAGACAUCCUGCAGAAUGCUGAACUGGCUGAGCAGGUCCAGUUGCUGUGUGUAGAGCAGGAGGCCAUGGAGACAAGCAGCCAGCAUGACCUUGAACGUAAAAUGGUUGGCCUCAGAAAUGAAGUGCAGUGCAUGGAACAUACGAUAUUGUGUCUGGAGGAGCAGCAGGACGAGUUUGAUUUUAAAUACCAAACACACAAGAUGGAAGCUGUGGUGGACGAGGCCGUGAAGAAGGAUCAGAUGAAAGUUCUUCAGACUCUUGUCAACAGACUGAAUGACUGUAGAAAGGUUACACUGUCAGACCUCAAAAAGCUCCUGGACAGGAUUGAAGACCUGAUCAACAUUUUGGUGAAGAAGGAGCUGGUGGAGUGGCAGAGGAGGCAGCAGAAAGCCUGCAUCGGAUCUCCAGACAAUGUUUGUUUGGAUCAGCUGGAGAAUUGGUUCACCUGUGUGGCAGUGUGUCUGUUCCAGGUGCGUGAAUUCCUUGGUAAACUGGAGGAGCUUGUAGGAAAAGUGUCCUAUGAAAACGACCCUGUGAAGGCACAAAAACCUGCACUGCUGAGUAGAGCAGAUACUCUUCUGAAAGACUUACUCAAAAGUUCCUUUGUGGUUGAAACUCAGCCAUCCAUGCCUCAGGGGAAAGGACCUCUGGUGCUCCGCACAAACGUCCAGUUCUCUGUCAAGACCAGGCUUCUUGUCAAAUUUCCUGAGCUGAACCACUCCAUGAAAGUGAAUGUAUCAAUGGACAGGGAGGCUCCUCAGAUCAAAGGUUAUCGACGUUUUAAUGUCCUGGGGACCAAAAGCAAGGCAUUGAACAUGGCAGAAAGCCAAAGUGGAGGCAUGGUGGCAGACUUCAGACAUCUUACUCUGAAGGAGCAGAAGUCUGGAGGUGGCGGCAAAGGAGUCAGUGAUAUUUCUCUCAGUGUUACAGAGGAGCUUCACAUCAUCUACUUUGAGACUGAAUUUGAGAUGAAAGGCGUGUCCGUUGAGUUGCAGGCCUCCUCCAUCCCGGUGGUCAUCAUCUCCAACUCCAGCCAGCAGCAGAGCGCCUGGGCGUCGGUCCUCUGGUUCAACAUGCUCAGUCUGGACACCAAUGACGUCAUGUUCUUUGCCAACACUCCUCCAGCCACCUGGCCACAGUUUGGAGAGAUGUUGAGCUGGCAGUUUCUCUCUGCCACUAAACGUGGUCUGGAUGAGGCUCAGCUGGAAAUGAUUGCACACAGGCUCUUUGCAAAAAAGCAGAACUAUGACGCCUGCAAAGUAGCUUGGUCAAAAUUCAGCAAGGAAAAUCUUCCUGACACCUUCUGGGUGUGGUUUGAUGGCAUCUUAGUGAUGGUUAAAACGUACCUUGAAGACCUUUGGAGGGAUGGCCUCAUCAUGGGUUUUGUGAGCAAAGGCAAAGAGAAGUCCCUCCUAAAGAAGAAACAGAGAGGCACUUUCUUAUUGCGCUUCAGUGAAAGUGUUAUUGGAGGAAUCACCUUCUCCUGGGUGGAGACCACCAUAACUGGUGAGCCUGACAUAAAGACAGUCCAGCCCUUCAGCAAAGUCGACCUCUGCCAGAUCCCCUUCCAUGAAAUCAUCAGGAAUUUCCAGAUCUUAGAAGCAGAAAAUAUCCCAGAAAAUCCUCUGCUUUACCUAUAUCCAAACACCCCUAAAGAUGAGGCGUUCGGAAAAUACUACUCUGAGAAGACUGGAGCUGACGGUCCUUACUUCAAGUACAUCAAAACCAAGCUGGUGUUUGUUUCAAAGGAGAACACACUGGAGGCCAGGUCACCCAUGUCCUCUGACAUGGCACAGGGUGAAGGCCUGGAGCCAAUGAAUGGCCUGUGUGGAGAGGCAGCCGAACUAAACGAGAGUCCUCAUUCUCUGCAGCAGUCACUUCUGGAAACGUAUCACCCUGAUGAUCCAAUGCUGUCUGGCUCUGUUGCUGCCGCAGAGGAGGAUUUACUGACAUAUCUCAACAACCCCAACGCCUUUGUUGACACUGAUAUCUUGCAAGAGGAGCCGGAGCUGACUGAUUUCAGUCUUUCAGGAUUUAAUUGCCUGCCCCAACAAUCCUGUGGCAGCAUCUUCCAAUAAGUCUCUGUUGUGUAUAGUUAACAGAACCACUAUGUUAUUCAUUGUCUGCUCUACUUUCUGGCUUCUUACAUUACAACACACAUCAUGCAAUUGUAGCAUAGGUAGCAAAUCCACUCUACAUACAGUACUGUCUCAUGAUUUGAAACCACUCUACAUGGGUCCUUGCUUGGCCCAUGCAACCUCAUUGAGGCGUGUCAUUCUUUUUUCUUCAAUCCUGCUAACAAAGAUAUGAUUCAGUGAGACUAUUUGAAGACACAAAAGAAAGCAAAUUUAGCUAACUCCAAUUGUGUGCAAGGCAUCUGUACUAGACCCCUCAACUAUCAUGAUUGAUAAACUAUUAUUUAUGAACAUUUUUGCAUUUCAAAGCUGUUAAAAGAAUAUCUGGAAUUAUAUCUAACUGACCAUGUAAGCAGUUUCAUAAUAUAUUUUUUUUAAUGUUGAGAACAUUCCGUGGACUGCACAUAAUUUAUUGUUUUAAUGUUUGUUUUGAGCCCAUUUGUGCUUGUUUUAUUGUUGCCACCUGCAGCUUGUGAUAUUUUGAAAUAACACAUGGCACUUCCUGCUUUUAAAGUUAUCCUUUAUAUGAAUUAACCUGUUCAAAUAUGUUAUCACCAAUAAAAGGGAAAUUACUGAUUGUAUGUUCCAUUAAUUAUUAACUGAAAUGUUGUAAAUUAAUAAAUUGGAGAAAUA